AUGGUCAACAUCACUGGUAGCUUUGUCUCGCCUUCGGCAGACGCGACAGUCUCUCCCCAAUUGAUCGCGACAGGCGGUUUCUUGGCUUCCAUUCUUGAUGGCCUCACCAUCUGGAAGUUCCUCGGAACACUGUUCCUUGCAGCUGUCGUUUAUGAUCAGUUCAAGUAUCACUACUACAAGGGAUCAAUCGUUGGUCCUGCCUACAAGAUUCCCUUCAUGGGCCCAUUUUUGGAAUCCGUCAACCCUCAGUUUACCAAGUACAAGGCCAAAUGGGACAGUGGCGAGCUCAGCUGUGUCUCUGUCUUCCACAAGUUCGUCGUCAUUGCCUCCACUCGUGACAUGUCCCGCAAGAUCUUCAACUCUCCCGGAUACGUAAAGCCUUGUGUUGUCGACGCUGCGCACAAGCUUCUCGGCAAGACCAACUGGGUUUUCUUGGAUGGCAAGGAGCACGUUGACUUCCGCAAGGGUCUCAAUGGUCUGUUCACUCGCCAGGCCUUGGCCUGCUACCUCCCUCGUGUGGAGGAAGUCCUCAACGCCAGUUUCAAGCGCUUCGUGGAGAAGUCCGCCAACCUGAAGCACGAGCCUACUCCUUGGAUGCCCGAUUUCCGUGAUCUGAUGACUGCUCUCUCUUGCCGUACCUUCGUUGGAUACUACAUGUCCGAUGAGGUCGUUCAGAAGGUCGCCGAUGACUACUACAUGAUUACCGCUGCGCUGGAGCUGGUCAACUUCCCUAUCAUUCUUCCUUUCACCAAGACUUGGUACGGCAAGCGCGCUGCCGACAUGGUCAUGGCUGAGUUCGCCAAGUGCUCCGCUAAGAGCCGCGCUCGCAUGGCUGCCGGUGGUGAGGUUUCGUGUAUCAUGGACGCCUGGGUCAAGGCCCAGCAGGAUUCUGCCAAAUACCGCGAGAAGAUUGCCAAGGGCAUUCAGGUCGAUCCCUCCGAGAAGCCUCCCCAGGUUCUGCGUGACUUCACCGAUUACGAGAUUGCCCAGACUAUCUUUACCUUCCUCUUCGCCUCCCAGGAUGCUACUAGCGCUGCCUCGACUUGGUUGUUCCAGCUGAUGGCUGACCGCCCCGAAGUUUUGGACAAGGUCCGUGAGGAGAACCUCAAGGUCCGCAACGGUGACCGCACUGUGCCUAUUUCUAUGGAGCUGCUGGACGAGAUGCCCUACACUCGUGCUGUUGUCAAGGAGACCCUGCGUUACCGCCCUCCCGUCAUCAUGGUUCCUUACCUCGUCAAGAAGGAUUUCCCUAUCACCGACAAGAUCACCGUCUCCAAGGGUUCCAUGAUCAUUCCCUCCGUUUGGCCCGCUUGUCACGAUGAGGAGGCCUACCCCAACGCUGACUCCUUUGACCCUGACCGCUGGAUCACCGGUACUGCCGAGCAGCAGACCAAGAACUGGCUGGUCUUUGGCACAGGUCCCCACUACUGUCUGGGACAGACCUACGCCCAGCUGUCUUUGAUGGCCAUGAUCGGUAAGGCUAGUAUGGAGAUGGAUUGGGAGCACACCCCUACUCCUCUGUCUGAGGACAUCAAGGUGUUUGCUACUAUCUUCCCCCAGGAUGACUGCCUGCUUACUUUCCGUCCCCGCCCAUAA